AUGACGACGCCGACCUUGAUCAACCUCCCUCCCCCUCCCUCUGAUCCUGUCACCCCGUCGGACAUGGGGCCAGGAACUCCAAAUUCUGGAACAACGUCCCUAUCAGCUUUGUCAACCACCGCUAUCAAAGAUGGACAUACCGGCCAGCCGCUCCCCCAUGGCCGCCAUGCGCACCACUCGUCCUCUGCAUCAACAACCUCUGCCACAACUCUAGAGGCAGAACGAGCCGACCGCAUUUCCCGUUUAGCUGGUUUGGAGCGGGUGGUAGCUGCCCGUACUGGUGGGGCGUCGCAAUCGAACAUCACAGUCCCCGUGUCCCACAUCCCAGGCUAUUUUGACACCAGUUCAACCUUGAAGGAGAGAAGCACCGUUGGUAGCGCCAGUGCCACAGGAAGUGUGGGCGCCCGCACUACAUGGGCAAGCGGCAGCGAUGCCUUCGACGCUGACAAGAUGAGUGAGGAGCCGGACGACGGAACUUCGAGUGUUGGUAAUCUCAGCGAUGAAGGAGAUGUUAGUCUCGUCGGGUUUGGAGAAGGGGCUAGCACCAUCAGCGGGCCGACUUCGCAUCCAACUUUGAACAGGGCAUCAUCGACAGGCCGGCCAAGUUCUUUAGGUAGUCCUAGCAUCACUCGAGCCAAUCUCAUCCCAUCAUCAUCUCAACAUUCCGGCGACAGCGGAAUGAUACCGGUGGCAUUGUCGCCUACCGGAUCAACUACACCCGAGCCACUACAGGACGCUCGAAUGGUCGAUGGGAUGACCUACGAUCCGGAUGUGGUUGAUACCACCGUGAGAACCCCUCGGCUUGCCACACCUUUAAGUCAGGAAGAACCUAGCGAUCUGUCGACUGACAGAAAAUCGGGCUUACCGUAG